CGCCACUCGCAACAAAAGCCUUGCCUUUGUCUGAGUCCAUACACACAAGAGCUCUAUUUAGUGGUGUUCAUCUGACACACACACACACUCUCUCCCUCUAUCUCUCUAUCUCUCAUCACGCCGCCGCAGCAAUGACCGUGGGAGUAUUAGCUUUACAAGGCUCUUUCAACGAGCACAUCGCGGCUCUGCGGCGGCUCGGCGUCCAAGGAAUCGAGAUUAGGAAGGCGGAGCAGCUUCUCACCGUUUCAUCUCUCAUAAUCCCCGGCGGCGAGAGCACCACCAUGGCCAAACUCGCCGAGUACCACAACCUGUUUCCGGCUCUACGUGAGUUUGUCAAGACAGGGAAACCUGUAUGGGGGACAUGCGCUGGUCUUAUCUUCUUGGCAGACAGAGCCGUUGGUCAGAAAGAGGGAGGUCAAGAACUAGUAGGUGGCCUUGACUGCACCGUGCAUAGGAACUUCUUUGGCAGCCAGAUUCAAAGUUUUGAAGCUGAUAUCUCUGUACCUAUUCUAACAUCUAAAGAAGGUGGGCCAGAGACGUUCCGAGGAGUCUUCAUACGUGCUCCAGCUGUUCUCGACGUUGGCCCUGAUGUCGAAGUCUUAGCGCAUUAUCCCGUCCCAUCAAACAAGGUCUUGUAUUCAAGCUCCACUGUCCAAAUCCAAGAGGAAGAUGCUCUUCCUGAAACGAACGUCAUUGUUGCUGUAAAGCAAAGAAACUUGUUAGCAACUGCGUUUCAUCCCGAGUUAACCGCAGACACGCGUUGGCACAGUUAUUUCAUGAAGAUGGCGAAAGAGAUGGAACAAGGAGCUUCUUCAAGCAGUAGUGGAACUAUUGUUUCUGUUGGAGAAACCAGCGAGCAAGCUAAGCCUGAUAUUCCUAUAUAUCAGUAACUAAAAGUAGAGAGAAGACACUCACUUCUCUUGAAAUAAAAAAAAACUAUAGAAAAGUGUCAGAUUCUUUUGAUGUUUCGGAAAGAAAAUGUCAAUCUAGUUUGCAUUUAUCACACAAGAAAAUUUCACAACGAGUCAUGUACUUGUUUUCUUGACACAACUUUGUAUACCGUUGAAUCAAACCGGUUUAGUUGGUUCAGUUUUGUU